AUGUCCGCCUCCUCAGCGUCAUCCUCAAACUCAUCAUCAAAAACCGUUGCCGAGAACGGUCCUCACUACGUCGAUCUCGAAUCUCAGAGCGGGCCCAGUGCCUACAAAGCACGAGGGCGAGGAGCUUCAAUCUCAUCUGCAGCUACCCAGAAGGAUAUCUACCAGGAUCUGUCGACAGACGAUGCAAACCUCCGACGACAGGAAACACUGCAAGAACUUCGAUCUGUAUAUUCACGACGGACCGAAAAUGAGGGUGAACUGGACGCUCCGGACGAUGCUUCUGAAUUUAAAGAUAUUGAUCCUGAAUUGAUCACAUGGGAUGGACCAGAUGAUCCAGCAAAUCCUCGUAACUUCCCUACACAAAAGAAAUGGACCAUUACUUUGAUCGUUUCCCUUUACACAUUUGUCUCCCCAUUCGCCAGUUCUAUCGCCGCACCUGCCGCCCAGGCUUACGCAAAAGAAUUCGGCAUCACCAACACCACAAUUGCUUCCAUGACAGUUUCAGUAUUCUUGAUCGGUUUCGCAUUCGGCCCCCUAUUUUUUGCCCCGCUCUCUGAGAUCUUCGGACGUGUAAAGGUCAUGCAGGUCUCUAUCUUCCUUUUCUUGAUCUUCAACAUUGCUUGCGCCGUCGCCCAGACAACCGGACAAAUGAUUGCCUUCCGUCUCCUUGCUGGUUUGGCUGGUAGUUCUCCAUUGGCCCUUGGUGCUGGUAUCUUGUCUGAUAUCUGGGCCCCCGUCGAUUUGGCCCGAGCAAUGGCCUUUUUCGCUCUUGGCCCACUUGUAGGGCCAGUCUGCGCACCAAUCAUCGCCGGUUUCAUUGUUCAGCAUAUCUCAUGGAGAUGGGUUUUCUGGGUCUUGUCCAUUGUCACAGGUGUGACGGCGGUCGCUGGUGCCAUCAUCUUCAAGGAUGAGACAUACGCCAUUGUUAUUCUCAACCGCAAGGCUGCUGCAGCGAGGAAGGCGACUGGAAAUGAAAACCUUCACAGUGUUUUCGAGGUCAGCAGAGAUAUCAAGACUAGUUUCAAGAUCGCUCUUACCAGACCUUUCUUGAUGUUGGCAUUGAACCCGGUGUUGUUGUCUCUUGGUCUAUUUAUGGCCUUCACUUACGGAUUCCUGUACUUGAUGUUUGUCACCUUCCCGACUUUGUUCCAGGGUGAAUACGGCGAGACUGUCGGUAUUGCUGGUUUGAACUACCUUGCUCCCGGAAUCGGAUUCUUGCUCGGUCUUGCAACCUUCACUCCAGCACUCCAGAAGACCUACCUCAAGCUUACCGCUGCCAACGGCGGCGUUGCAAAGCCCGAGUUCCGUCUUCCUACUCUUUUUGUUGGAGCCAUCUUGAUCUCAGGUGGUCUUUUCUGGUACGGAUGGUCCGCUGAGAAGCGUCUUCACUGGAUCAUGCCCCUCAUCGGAACCUCCAUCUUCUCCAUGGGCCUUAUCUCUGUCUUCUCGUCUGUUCAGACCUAUCUGAUUGACAUGUCACCACGAUAUGCCGCUUCCGCUAUUAGCGCAGCUACCCUCUUCAGAUCCCUCUUCGGGUUCGCGUUCCCGCUGUUUGGAAGACAGAUGUACGACAAACUCGGGUACGGAUGGGGUAACUCUUUGAUGGGUUUCAUCGCAUUGCCAUUGGGGCUGUUGUUCCCGUUGAUGAUCUUCCGUUAUGGUGAAGGGUGGAGAAUGGCCGCGGAGAAGAGGAUUGAGAGGGUCGAGGCGGGUCAAAGGGCUUCUGCCGCUGCUAGGGAGGCUAAGAAGGCUCAGCAGCAAGCGGAGAAGUCAUAA